CUUGAACUUGAACUAUCGCUGUCGUGACCGGCCCUUCUCUACACCUUGACCUCACCACUUGUCGACUAUCAUGACUGAGGCGGACAGCCGCCACUACGAUCCAAGUCGGGGUACGCCUUCAAGGCAAGCUCGAAACACCAGGUCUGCAACCCCUAGGGCAGGGUACCCCAGUGCUGCGGCGACGUUGAAUGGCCUUGGCGGAGGAAGUGGUAGGGAAAAGCCUUACUCUUCACAACGGGACCGGUUGGUCACGUCCCGAGCAUCAGACAGUAAUUGGCAAUCUUCCACCGACUACGGCUCAUUCGUUGACUAUGGCUAUGGUGAUGCAUUUACAGCCGGUUCGGCUUCUGAAACACAGGAAUAUGACCACGACGACUUCAACGACCACGAUGAAUACGAUGAAAGGAGAGAAGAAGGAGAAGAAGAGUGGGAGUGGGAAGACGACAUUGUGAAACCGACCACGACCUCGAGCGGGGCGGUGGCAAGCAGUGGCAAGAUCAGGCAUAGGAAGCCGCAGAAUUCGUCUUCCGCAUCGAAAACUCGCGCUGUGCCCCGCAGUCCGCGUGGAUAUGGCGGUAUCAGGUCAAGCAGGGCCACUCCAGCGGGGUACCGUACUCCGCCAGCGCCUGUCGCACAUUCAUCGCGCUUCUCCUCUAUCUCUCGGGAGUCGAAGGUCGACCAUCACGAGCUCCAGCAGCCGUCGUACCCCGCUCGUGCUAUCCUUGAGAGGCGCGAGCCGCCUAUCCCAUGGGGUGCCCUUCCGGGGCAUGCGCUCUCCACGCUCCAAGCGACAUUCUUCUACGCCCUGAGCAUCCUCAAACCAGCGCUUAAGAUGAUGCGGUACCCUCUUAUCGCCAUCCUCUUUCUCUGGAUACUCGCCUUCACGCUGACCAGCGUGUAUGGAGUCUUCAGGUCUGCGUUUGAGCCCUUCUGCUAUAUCCCUGGGGUGAACAUGAUGACUGCUUGCAAAUGGAUUACCUACACGCCUCCAAAAAAUGUAGGAAACCAGGUGCCAACGGGGAAACUGCAACCACCAAAUGUGCAAUGGGCUGAUUAUCCCUCGCUCGUGAGCCUGGAAGCGAAAACCUUCGACCAGCUCCUCGAUGAAUCCAUCGGCGGGUUGGGUGGCUCGCUUUCGCUCAACCUGAAGAAGACAGAAGUCGCGGUCAAGGACCUCAUCACCCUCGUCAAGGCGAGCGACUUGAAGGCCAAAGAUAGUUUGGCUGAGAUCUUAGGGGAGUUUGUUGACGACGCGGCCGUUGCGGUAAAGGGGCUGAGUCGGUUGUCGGCCAAAUUCAACGGCGCAUUAGACAACAUCAUGGCCGUUAACGAUUACGCAUUGCGCUCGGUGGAAAGGGCCCGAGAGUUAGAGCCAAGAUCCCUCCCUGAAAAGCUGAACGCGUUGAUGCCAUGGUCCCCUCCAAAAAAGGACGUCAAUCUAGUGGUGAAAGAGACAUUUAGCCAGGCUAUGGAUGUCCUCUCUACCCAUAUGGAGCGCCUUCUCCUAGAGACCGAAGCCCGCUAUAACGAGUUGAAGAAACUCGAAGAAAAGCUUGACGCACUACAUGAGCUCGUCCAACGCGAAAACACCACCAUCGCCACCGACAAGGAAGAACUACUCGCGCUUCUCUGGACCAAACUCGGUGGCCAUCGCAAACAGAUGCGAAGUUUUGAACGGCACUUGAAGUUGCUGAAAGAGUUGACGACGUACAGGAAGCAGGCGUACGCGCAUAUUUCAGCUGCAUUGCACCAUUUGCAGGCCAUGAACCAGGAGGCGGAUGACAUUAGGGAAAGGGUUGCUGCACCUGAUCUGAUGGGGACGAUGGUUGAGCCUGAGGUUCAUAUGAAGAGUAUCCAGAUGGGUUUGGAGAGGUUGAAGGAGAGUCGAGUGAGGGCGAAGAAGUUGGAAGAAGAGGCGGCUAGGAGGGUGUUCGGAUUGGAUUGGAACAAUGACCGCGUUGAGAAGAUCGAUUCAGCAAAGCGAUGA